CUCUCUACUUGUUUCUUCAAUACACAAGCACUAGUGCAACUCAUCUUCCCCUCCCCCAUAACCAUGCCCCUCGCUAGAGCAACCUUCAACGACAUCGUCCUCGCCGAAUCCCCCACCUGGGAGACCGUCGAAGGGAACAUCUAUUUCCCACCCACAGCAAUUAAAGAUAAAUCACUCUUCGUCCCUAUCGACAAAGUGACAUAUUGUCCGUGGAAAGGAGAUGCAUCAUAUUACUCUCUUGUGAUUGGACCUACGACAAUCCCCGGUGCAGCUUGGUAUUAUCCCAACCCCUAUGAUGCUGCAAGCAAUAUCAAGGACCAUGUGGCGUUUUACACGACAGAGAGUAUUAAAGUGACCGUGGAAUGAAAGCAUAGUUGAGCUUGAUGUGGUGAAUGGCAUGUUUGUAGUAAGCAUGGAUGAUUGAUACAGAAGUACUAGUUUGAUAUAACAUUCACAUUUAAAACACG